AUGCCGUUUGAUGAUUCUCAAAGUGUUAGUUCCGUUCUUCUUUGUGAUAAUUCUUAUAUUUCACGGCAUGAUAAAAUAAAUGAAUCUGUAUCUUCAUCAUUUAAUAUACCAAUUCGACAUAAUGUAAAAUGGAGGGUACGAAAUAGUAUAUCAAGUGCUAGUCUUCAACCAUAUGGAUCAAGUUUUCGCCGUAACGGAACGAAUACUUCAUCAACGAAUUCUGAACAUUCAUCAACAUUGUCAUUUCCAUUAUUUCGUCAAUAUUAUUUAAUGCGUAGUUCAUUGAAACAAAAACGACAACGGUUAUUAGUUAAAAAAGUCAAUGCUAAUUCUACUUCAGUAUCUAAAAAACUUCAUGAAGCACCCCGUAUUGAAACUAAACAUGUGAUUAUAACAAUCUUCAUUACAAUUACAUGUGCCUUUCUUUUAAUAUCUAUGAUUUUUCUUGACUUCGUUUAUUUAAAUGAAAGUAUGUCUAAUACAUCUAAUUAUACAUUGUUAUCUAGUCAUAAUAGCUUAUGUUUUCAUUAUUCUAAAAUAUGUAUUUUAAAAGGAUCAGUAAUAAUUGUAUUUAUUUUUAUAACAAUAAUAUUAUGUUAUAGUAUUUUAACAUUAUAUAUUCGUGCAAAACGUCAUUCACGUGUACUCGAACAUAAAACAAAUGAAUUAGAAAAAGAAAAAUGUUUAACACAAAAAUUACUUCAUCAAAUUUUACCACCAUGUGUAGCAAAAGAUUUAAUUAAUGGACGAAAAGCACCAGCUGAGUAUUAUGAUUCAGUUACUGUUUAUUUUUCAGAUAUUGUUGGAUUUACUGCUAUAGCAAGUAUGUGUUCACCAAAUGAAACAUGUAAUAUGUUAAACCAACUUUAUUCUAUAUUUGAUUCACUGUUGGAAAAUUUUGAUGUUUAUAAAGUUGAAACAAUUGGAGAUGCAUAUAUGGUUGUUUCUGGAGCGCCAGAAAGAAAUGGUGACAAACAUCCUAAUGAGGUUGUCAAUAUGUCGUUAAGUUUAUUGCGUGGUAAACAACAAGUCCGUGUACCACGUACAUCUGCUGAACUUAUGCUACGCGUUGGCAUUCAUACAGGAUUUCUUCGUUAUCAGCUUUAUAGAUGGCUUGAUAGAAUAAAUAUUAUAGGACCUGUAUGUGCUGCGGUAAUUGGAUCAAAAAUGCCUCGUUAUUGCAUGUUUGGUGAUACAGUAAAUGUUGCGAAUAGAAUGGAAUCAACUGGUUUACCUGAACGAAUCCAUUUAAGUGAUGAUACAUAUAAACGUAUAAAAAAUCGAGAACAAUAUGUAUUUGAAGAACGAGGUGAAAUCGAAAUUAAAGGCAAAGGUUUAAUGUAUACAUAUUUUUUAUUGGCUCGAAAAACAAAUGAAAAUGAAACGAAAUCACGUUCAGCUACGGUAACUAAUCAACAGGCAUGA